GUCUGUGGUUAUGGAUACAGUAGGUAUGGUUUAGUUGAUGGGGUGAGGAGAAAUUGGGAUUUGGGGGAAUGUGGGAUGUUUGGGAUUGAUGGAGUAGGGUUUUCUAGGAUUCUCUUCCAUCAAUAGUGCAUAGAUCAAUAUUUUGCAUUUCUAAUAGCAUCAUUUUGGAAAUGAAUACUCAAAGAUUUGGGUGACCCCCUGCAGUUGUAGGUGUGCAAAUGCACCUGGGUAAAAGCAGGCUGAACUUGAGAGUAGGCAAGGAUGUUUGAAAAUGUUUAGUAGUGCAGUGAGAUUACAUGUGACUGCAGGAGUUGCAUUUUCCUGUUCGAUAGGGGAUCUUUCAGUUUACCUGUGUGGAGAGAGAAAAGGUCAAUACUUAAGGGUGAUCUGUUUUCUGCCUGGAAUUUGGCAGGCAAUCCAUUUGGUGAUUGGUUGAAGUAUAGGUUUUGGCCCCAGGACACAACUAGUGCUUGAAAUAGAGCAGCUGAGUUUCCACGUUCACUGGGGAUACCUCUGUUUAAUAUCUCAUCAGGAGUGUGGUUCUUUGAGUGAGGAUCAAAUGUUACCCAACGGGACACCAGUGGAGACAUCAAGUCCUGCAUCUUCCUCGUCCCUCCUCAAUAGGUUACAACUAGAUGAAGAGCUGGAUGGUGAAACCAAAGAUCUCUUUGUUACAGUGGAUGACCCAAAGAAGCAUGUGUCUGCAAUGGAGACGUACAUUACCUACAGAGUUAUGACAAAGACCACCAGAAAUGAGUUUGAUUUACCAGAGUACACAGUCCGACGUAGAUACCAGGAUUUUGAUUGGCUGAGGACUAAACUGGAAGAAUCUCAGCCGACUCAUCUUAUUCCGCCUCUUCCAGAAAAGUUUGUAGUAAAGGGAGUGGUGGAUCGCUUUUCAGAAGACUUUGUGGAAACUCGAAGGAAAGCCCUGGACAAGUUUCUGAAAAGAAUUGCAGAUCAUCCUGUUCUCUCCUUCAAUGACCACCUCAAUGUCUUUCUCACAGUAAAGGAUCUGAAUCCUUAUAAAAAACAAGGCCUAGCUUUCAUCACAAAGGUGGGGGAGUCUGUAAGAUAUGUUACUGGAGGUUACAAGCUAAGAAGUCGGCCUGUCGAGUUUGCUGCUAUGGGGGAUUACUUGGACACAUUUUCGCAGAAGCUGGGUACAAUUGACCGAAUUGCACAGAGGAUAGUCAAAGAACAAACAGAAUAUUUAGUGGAGCUUAAAGAAUAUGGACCCAUUUAUUCCUCCUGGUCUGCUAUAGAAGAAGAACUCAACAAGCCUCUCAUUGGGGUAUCGAACUGUGUUGGCAGCAACUGCAUAGCCCUGGAAGAUCUAUCUGAGGACAUGUCUGAUGACUUUCUUCCAGUCCUUCGAGAAUAUGUACUGUACAUUGAAUCAAUGAAGAAUGUGCUUCGGAAAAGAGAUCAAGUGCAAGCUGAAUAUGAGGCCAAACUUGAAACUGCUGCUUACAAGAAAGAUGACAAGCAGGGAACGCCAACCAGUGUUGAAAAGUGCCAGGACCGUGUGGAAUGCUUCAAUGCUGAUCUGAAGGCAGACUGGGAUCGGUGGCAAAGCAACAAAAGACAGGACUUUCGACAGCUGUUGAUGGGAAUGGCAGACAAGAACAUCCAGUAUUAUGAGAAGUGCCUUGCAGCAUGGGAGUCAGUUAUUCCUCUCCUACAAGAGAAGCCAGAAGUUACAAGUGAAGACCACUCAUAGCUUCUGCUUUCAUGUUGCCCACUGGCUGUUUUCCCAGUUCACAGUACUGGAAUAUUGCACUUAAGGGGAGUUGGAGGAAACAACGUCACAUAUAGACAGUUUCACGUCAAUAGCACGUUGUACAAGGACACUAACUGUCUGCAGAAGGUUUGCUCUCUGUUCAGUGAAGGAUUUUUGUUUCAUCUGCGUGUUGUCUAAUAGCUCACUUUCAGCAGUCUGAGUACUGGCCACUUAAUGCUGAAUGUUAAUGGCAAUCUUUUGCCUGAGUGACAUGGUUGUGUUCCUUCUAUGUGUUGUAGCUUUUUAAAACUUGUUACACUUAAACAGUCUUGGACACUUCUCAAUACUUUUGAUAGGAUGCUUCAAGGCAUCGAUUUAACCAGUUGAGUGCACUUGGAUGUGGAGGGCUUUUUCACCUGAAGGGUUUGAGUUUGGAACAAGUCUGUCUGGAGGAAAGCUUGAAGCAUUGAUUUAGUGAUUGAAGACACUAAUGCCUCAGACGCAAGAGAAGAAAAUGAAGUACACUUGAUGUAAAUUCCUUUCUAUUUAAUUGUCUUUAUAGUAGUCGCACUCAAUGUUUUCAAGUCUUUGUUCCCUUGUGCAUGUUAGACACUAUAGUAGCAGAGUGCUAAAUAAUCCAGUGAGUCCAUUGUAGUACAGUAUUGGUGAAACCUUUUCUGACCAGCACUAAUUGAGCAUUGACUGACUGCAUUCCUUAAACACAAGUCAUCAAUUUAGUACUGAUCCUCCACCCAUAAUGGAAACAGUUGUCUAAUUUGUGUAUUUUCCUAUUCCUGAAUUUUGCCAAGGUUUUUAUUUUCACUUUUGUAAAAUUUGACAUCGUUAAUGUGCUAUCUAUGUAAUGUGUUUAGUCUGUAAAAAUGGAGUUGGUUUAUAAAAUGUCCUUUUGAUAAAUGCUUUCAGGGCAAGGCAAGAAGAAAUCCUAUCACUUGCUUGCCCUUUUGAGACUUGUUUGUAUGUAAAUUUAAGUGAGUAUUCCACAUAUUUAAAGAUGAGAAGAUAUUAUUAGGUAUCAGAUCACCCAGGGAACAAACAGUUACUGAAUUGAGUGUAUACCAAGUGCCUUUGUUGCAUGUAACAUUUUGUAUAAGCUGAAAUUUUGUUUAUUUUGGGCUAAAUUUUGAGCAACCUUAGCUGUGUUUCCGUCAUUGCAGUACACAACUCCUGAAAUAGGAAAAGUUGCCAACUUGCAUGGUUAUAUUGCUGCUUUUGUGCCAGCUGUAAGAGAUUUAGUUUGGUUUGUCCCCCCAUUAAGUCUGAGUAUAAUACCUUUUCUAAAUGAACAAGAAUAUCAUUCAACAAUUUAAAAAGAAAUCUUUUAUUUUGUUCUUGAAGACAUCAAGCAGAAUUAAGACUAAUGGCAGAGUUGAGGAGGGGGUGGUGAACACAUUUAAUCUUGCCCCGAUGUAGUUGUGCAUUGAUAUCUUAGUUAGAAGACUAAGUAGGCAUCUGAACUCUCUAGCUUGGUUAGUUGCAUUCUGCAGUAGAAAUGCUGAAAACAGUCCACAAAAUUGAAGCUAGCAAAAAAUAACUUAAAUUAUUUUUUGCCCAGGCAACUUCUAAAAUGGCUAAAGUUUGAGUUGUGUGCUUUUCUUUGAACAGUUCAAUGCAUUAAAACGAAUGCUGAAGUAUUUGGGGGGCCGUCCCACCAGUUCCUGCUUUUUAUUUUUGAAGUGUUAAUAUCAUGAAUGGAUUUGUCUUCAAUUCACUGGUCCAAUUUAAAUUGAAAUUAUUUCCUACUUAAAUUGGUGUGUAGUUUUUAUCCAAUUCCGGUUCCAUGCAUAAGGUCUGCUCUCCAAACCCCUCUGCCUACCUGACCACCACCACCAACUCUUUGUAGAGUUGACUGGGGAAGAUAAUGCACUUUAAAAGCAUCAAAUAAUAUUCAUGACUUGGAAGGGAAUUUUCAUUCAGAUGAGUGUCUGUCUGAAUGUCUUCAGGGUGACUGUUUUGGUGGCAGAUUUGCAAAUCAUGUACUAAUCUUGUAAAAGUUAACUUUUUUCUUCUGAACCUGAAAAUGGAUUACUUUGUACUACACUGUGUAAUUCUACUUUGUGCCAAAACUUUAAUAUGUACAUAAGUUUUCUGAGGAUGCCCAGGUAGGCAAUGCGAUCAAGUCAACAACAUUUCGGUAAGUUAGUGUGGAGCAAAUAAAACACUGGAAGCCAUUUGAAAAUGGCAAAAGCAGUAUGGACAAGUAACAUUGCACAUGGUGCUCUGAAAUAUUCCUUCUCAGUGGGGUUUUUCUGCUGCUAACUUCUGGAAUGUGCUAACGUUGUAACUAAAACUCUAAUGCCCUAAAUUACAACUGGGGUUGGGUUGCAAAGGUACAUUGCUGUCGAAGAACAAAUUCCAGUGCAGUGUUCAAUACUGGCAAGCUUGCAUUGUGUACAGCCCACUAACCAUUGACUAAAACUUGUUGGCACAAAUUGUGAGGGGAAAAGGUCCUUGUUUCAUGGUAUUAAUGUGUCCAUGCAUUGAGACUUUCUGUAUUCUGGAUUAUUACAGUUUUUUUUAAACAUGGCAUUCACGAUUUUAGCAGUGUCUGUAUUGAAGCUUCUAAUUGAUAUUGGAUUAAUUGAAGUGAUUGCAGUCCUCCCUUUUGAGGACAUUUGUUUACUGUGAAUCAUAAAGCAUGAAGUUUUGAAACAGAUCAUGAAGGAGUCAACUUGGUAAAAUCAACAUGGUUCAUGGAAUAUUGUACUCUUUCCCUAACACCAGUUUGUUUUUUGUGCUAUGCUAACAGCAACAGUUUUCCAAUCCAUAUUGUACCUGUGAAUUUUUUGAACACUAUAUUGAAUAAACUUGAGUAUACUGUUGGCAUUCAAAAUUUGUACUGUUGUUGUGUAGAGCAGAAUUCCCCCAGGAAUUAAAAUCUCUUUAGAUGCACAGGCAUUUAUUCAAUCCAUCUUGUGAAUUGCUACAUGAUUUUCAAACUGGGCUGAAUUUGAGGCAUCUGACUUCAUGAAUGAUGAAGCAGCUGGCAAAUCGCCCCCUGUGAGUGAGUGUCAAUUGGCCGAUACCAAUGGAAGUAUCCACAAUCAGUUAUUGCCACCAUUACACAGAGGAACUAUAAAAUAUUUAUUUUGGUUUCGGUGUUGAACACCUGAUUUGCAUAAAUUUUAAGCUGUUGCAAAACAAGUAUUGGUUAAAGGAGUAUCUGUCUGUGGAAUUAGGAUAUCCCUCUAUUUGGGUAGAGGGAUAUCCUACACUUCGCUUCUUUUUAUUACUCAUUUUUGAUUAUGGGUGUUGCUGUAAUCAAUUCCCCUUAAGUUGAGUGGGCAGUUUGUCAACCAGAAUACUGUAUCUAAAUUCACAGGGCACACCAGGUAAAUGCCCUUCACCUCAGGUGCAUGAGUAAACCAGAUGGAUUUUUGCAAGAAUUGAUAGUUUCUCGGCUUCUGGACUGAAUUUCUUAUUUUACCUGAAAUUAGAUUUUACCAGCUGUUGUAUUGAUGAGUGACUGCCUUUCAGGGUUGCUUGAGCCUUUGGAUUACUAGCCCAAUAACACUGUCACUGUCACACUUUUUUGUGCUCCCCAGACAGUGUGCUACUCCAGUCUUUCCACUCACUUAUCUCUGUCUCAUGGACCAUUUUGCAGAGGCUGGUUUUGUAAUUUCUUGCAGAGGAGAAGUGACCAGAUUCUUCUCGGACAAAUUUUGUCUAUAAUUGUCAGUGUUGGGGGCAUGUCACUGAGGAAUUUGAAUAUUUGGAAAUUAACAAAGGAUUGUUGCUAAUGCUUUUCAUCUUGCAUACAUUUAGUCAUCAAUGCAUUCAUUAGGUCAAACAACAAAAUAGCAAAAGUCAAACUCGGACCAAUACUUGUUACAUGAUGUUGCUCAGGUUGUCGACCCCAGCACUGGCUAAGUUGGUAUGUAUAUUGCCAAUUUUGAACAAGUUUAGAUGCCCCUUCAAUAUGUGCUCAACAACUACAAAUCCUACUGAAGUGGUUGGCUUGCAAAAUUCAAAACUAAAUUGCUGUAUGUGAUUAAGAUUUAACAGCAUUUUGCUCAACAAUCUUGAGUGAGUUAAUAGCUACAUGCUUCAUUUGAACUCACCAUGGCUCAAUUUUAUGCUUGCCGGAAGCAACACAUAUACAGGCAUCCGUUGUCUGCCAACAAAUCCAAUACAUCCCUUUUUUCUUUGAAUUACUUGUGGGCUUGGAGUUUCCCAUUGCUUUCUCUAUUGGUGGUGUGUGCAGUGUUACAACUGAUGUUUCCUUCUCAUUGUGUUUAUAACUUUUUGUUUUAAAAACUUGAAAGACUGGAUUGACGGGUCCAUUAGUCUAAAACUGCAUUGAUUGUAGAGCAAUAAUCGGAGGUUUCCAAUUGAGUUUAACAAAGCAGGACGUUAAGUUUUUUUUUUGGUCUGAACUCCAGUUCAUGGAAGCAAAACAUAUGCCCUCAAUCCCCCCCACACAAACCACUUUUAAGAGUAGGUGGGUUUGACCAAAUACUAAGGAAAGAGUUCUGUUUGCAGCAGGUAGUUUGUUCCUGCUGCAGGACUUGUGCAAUUUUCCUAACUGAAUGUGGCCAAAGUGUUCUUGGUUUUUUUCUUUUGCCUUCUGGCAGUGUUGCUAUGGAAAUCAAAAGGUUUUUUCUUAUGGAAUUCUGCCUGAUUUUGGUGACUUAAACAUUUUGAAGCUUGUCAAACAGCCCUAGCUUCUCUCUUAGAAUGGAGACUGAGUAGCUUUGCCUCACGACUGUUUUAAUUUUUGCCAGUCCAAAUAUUGUAGUAAAUCCAAUAAGUUUUUAGAAGUAUAAAAAUCCCUUGUCAAUACAUGUGAAGCUGGAAAAGCUUAGCAUAUCAGCAUCUGAGGAGCAGGAAGGUCAAUGUUUUGGGCUGAACCCCUUUGAGACAGGGAAGGGGAACCCAGAAGCACAUCGAGUGCUGGUAGUUCGAGGAGAGUGUAAGUGGGAUGGUGAUAGGUGAAUGCUGCUUGGGGGGGUUUUUAAUGAUUGGUUAGUGGGAAGGGUGGAGCAGAUGGACAAGUCCGGCCCUCCUCAACCUGACAUGGGGUAAGGCUGGUUUUGGAGGGAUUUUGAAGCUGGUGAGGUCAAUAUUUAGGCUGUUGGGCUGUAAGCUGUCAAGGUAAAAUAUCGGGCAUUCCUUCAGUUUACACUUGGCCUCAUUCUGACAUUAGAGGCCAAGGAUGGACAUGUUGCUGGGCAAGUGGUUGUGGGGGUGGGGGCAGGAGAAGAUGAGGAAUUAAUGGAUGGUAACUGGACGGUUGGGUUAGUCGAGUGGUAUGUGCAGAGCAGGUUGGACGAUGUGCAGGUGAUUCUCUAGAUCUGGAAGGGCUUUGGGGCCUUGGACAGAAGUGAGGGGCAGGUAUUGCACCUGUUGUGGUGGCCGGGAAAGAUACCAAAUGUGGUGGAGAAGUUGGUGUGGAAUGUAGAGUUGACAAGAGAGUCGCAAAAUGGAAGGUCCCCAGCAGAAAGUGGACAGAUGGGAAGGGAAAUAUCGUUUUUGGUGUGGCCUCAUUUUGUAUUUCCUGUACCUAAUAAUAAUGCAUGUUCCAAAAGGUGGUUUUGAUUAACUCCCUUCCGCACGGUUUAUCCUACUUGUAGCUUCAUGUCCCUACGCAGCACUUUGGCUAUAUUUUUCAUGACCUGCUUCUAACUGAUUUUUGGGUGCAUGACUUGAUGCUGCUUUUAAUAUCAUAGGAAGUACUUUUCUGCAUUCUUCAGAUUUCUUGUCUAUUGAAGUCAGCAUAGACCCAGUCUCCAAGAAGUACAUUGACUGCCAUUUUGCAUCACCAUUGCAAAUUAGCAUCCCUUUGUUUUCAGGAGAUGUCUUUUCUCAAGUUGUCACUGCUUUUGUUAAGUUUGAAAUGCACGUUUGGUAUUGCAAAUCUUCAGGACAGCUGUCGUCUUGCUGUAGCGUAAUUUGUUAUUUGGAAAUUUUAGGAGCUCUUGCAUUUGUCCUGUUUGAGUGCAAGACCAACUUUAUUAACUACAUUUAGUGCAUGUAAAUGCAUCAUUAGUGUAAGAUCAGCUGAUUUAACAUGUUUUUCUUUAUAUUAUU